UGGAGACUCAGAGCUCAAAAGCAUCCAGCCAUUCUUCCUAAAGGGCAUCAUGUAUCUCAUCUACUCAUAAAACACUUCCAUGAGAAGGUGCAACAUCAAGGUUGUGGCAUGACCAUCAACGAUAUCCGCUCCAAUGGUGUUUGGAUCCUGGGAUGUAGUAGUGAAGUGUCAUCUCUCAUCUACAAAUGCAUUAAGUGUAGGAAGCUAAGGAAAAGCAAUCAGGAGCAAAGAAUGGCUGACCUGCCACCAGAAAGGAUGGAAGCUACCCCUCCAUUUACAUAUAGUGGCAUGGACUGCUUUGGACCGUUCUAUGUUAAAGAGGGAAGGAGAGAGUCGAAGAAAUACAGACUCUUAUUCACCUGCAUGUGUUCACGUGCUGUUCAUCUUGAGGUGCUAGAUGAUCUUAGCACUGAUGCCUUUCUCAACGCACUGCGUUGCUUUAUUGCUAUACGUGGCAAUGUAAGUCAACUGCACAGUGAUCAAGGUACCAACUUUAUUGGUGCAAGGAGAGAGUUCCUGGAGUUGGACCAAGAAUGUGUGAAAGAGUUAGGCUGUACCUUCGUCAUGAACCCGCCUGUUUCCAGUCACAUGGGUGGUGUCUGGGAAAGACCGAUCCAGACUGUAAGGAGUGUAUUGAUGUCCAUCCUAGACCAGUCUGCAGCGAGACUUGACAGUUCUUUCUUAAGAACAUUCAUGUAUGAAGUAAUGGCGAUCGUAAAUAGUCGACCAUUGACCUCAGAACACAUCAGUGAUCGUGUGGGACCAGAACCGUUGACGGCGAAUCAUAUACUAACAAUGAAGCCUUCUAUCAUUGCACCACCUCCUGGAGAGUUUGUAAGGGAGGAUCUCUAUCUUCAGAAGAGAUGGAAAAGAGUUCAGGUUCUGGCGAAUGAGUUUUGGACCAGGUGGAGAAAAGAAUAUCUGUUGAGUUUGCAGCAGAGAUGUAAGUGGAAUAAGAGCAGGAGAAACACUAGAUAAAUUAUAUUGUUCUGCUCCAAGAUGACUUUGCACCACGAAAUCAGUGGAAGCUAGCCAAAGUGGUAGAAGUCUUCCCAGGAACUGAUGGAAGGGUGAGAAGACUUAAACUUCUCGUUAGUGAUGCAACACUAGAUAGCAAGGGUGCACGCACAAGUAAGUCAGUCUACCUAGAAAGACCCAUACACAACACAGUUACUACUUGAAGCUGAUUAAAGGGUUAAGUUUGACAAGAAUGUUUAACUGUGUAUGCUUAAUAUGUAUAAAAUACUUACCCUUAAUGUUUAUAAGUUCAUGCUGAGUUACUUGAGUAUUCACAACUUCCAUUAAGAACCACGCAUUGUGUGAUGGUGGGAGUGUAUUUGCUGUCACAAAGCUCUCUGUCUAUAAUGUUAUUUUCCACUAGAUGGCGCUUGUGUACUUCAGCACUCAUUUAGUAAAGCUACGUUUGACUAGUCUAAUUUUGUAUAUUUUGACUAUUUUAUAAUGUUUAUUGUGAUUUCUAUACUGAACUGUUGUUUAUUUGUGCAAGAUUUAUUCUUUCUAAGAGUUUUUUGGCUAUAUUUUAUUUUAUUCCCAUCGUGCUUUUGUAUGUCACUUCCUGUUUUGUCAUCCACAUAAAGAGAUGGAAUGAUGUAAUCAUCGCAAAGUAAAAGGUGUUUCUCUCUAUAAUCAUAAGCCAUCCAACCAAGAAUCUUCAAGAUAUAAUCCCCUCUCUUAGCUCACAAGCAGGCAAAAGUGUUCUACGGUGUUGGUGUCUAUGUCGAUAAGUGCAUUAAACAUCUGUGAAAAAGGAGCCUCAGCCUUCACAUUGUGACUAAGGGCAGCAUAAAAGAAGAAUAACCAUGAAGGAGUACAUUAAAGAGUAAAUACUUGAAAAUAUGAUGAGGAUUAAUAUUUGGAGUAGGAGUACAUGAAUAUAUGAAAUGAAAUCAAAAGCCAUAAAUGAUUAACAUGAAAUAUGCAUAAAAUGCAUGAAUAUGAAUAUUGACCAUUUUGAAUCCACCACCAUCAACUACCGACACAUCGAAACUGUUUGUGUUUAGCAAACAUUUUUCUCGAGAAAGCUAAACGGGAGAAAGGUGGACUUAAGGAUUCAUCCUCUGACAGGCGCUUCAAACAGUGAGAAGCUAGAGAAGCAUUAAAGGUGCUAAAGAGGAUCUUUUCGUCGACUGAGAAACCAAAGACUGUUAGUGAGUUUUUGAAAUGAGCGCAUGCAUAAGAACAACCCCCC